CUUUGCCUGAAGCAACUGUCAUCCCAAAAGAUCCUGAUGGCCAGGCCAGCUGGGAUCAGGGUCUGAAAGAAGAAUUUUCAUGGCUCCCUGCUUGUACCUUAAAUAUCUUCCAUGCAGUUCACAGGAUUUAAUUUUAGACUCCACAUGCGGUAGGAGCAAACGGUUCCUGGCUGAAGUCAAAGUCAGAGGCUUCUCAGUUUGUUCUUUCCUGGGUCAUAGAUUGGACAGAAGUUGGACUUCCUUUUGAUUUCAUCGGAAGAAAGAAGUUUACGCAAAUAUGUCGAGCAGUGAGAAAGACUGUGGGGAUCUUAAUGAAGAGGAUAUAGACGAGGAUGAGCUCCUUGCAAUGCUUUCACCCGAGGAGCUUAAGGAGCUCCAGAGUGAGAUGGAUGUUAUUAUUGCCCCAGAUGAGAGGGUACCGGUGGGGCAGAGACAAAAGGACCAGACGGAGAAGCCUCCGACAGGGACGUUCGACCACAGAUCCCUGGUUGGUUAUCUCUACUGGGAGAAGGAGUCCAACCGUAUGCUUGAGGAAGAAAGAGUGCCUGCUACUCUGCUGCCCAGUGAGAAAACUUUGAGGGAGGAAACUGAAAAGAAAGACGAGGAAGAAGCUGUGGAAUAUGAAGUAAUAGAGGAGGUCAUUGAGGAAGAAGCUGUAGAUGAUACAUGUGGAGAGGAAAUUGUAGAGAUCAUUGAGGAAAUUAAUGAAGAGCUUGAUGAGAGGGAUGACAAUGAUGAAAAAGGCAAAGGGGUGGAUAAGGAAGAUGAGGAAGAGGGGAAGUCACCUGUUAACAAUGGCAAACAUGAAAAUAUAGACAAACAUGCAGACCAUCUAGACACCAACAGCGAAAAAGUGUCAAAAAACAAUGCAGAUGACAAUCCGCCUUUUCCAGACACAAAGGAGAGGAGUGAGAGCGUAACCCCAAAACACAGCACAUCACAAGUUGAAGACAAAGAGGAAAUUACAAUUACAGACUCCUCGCUUCCCAAAGAGGCUCCAGAGGAGCCCGAAGUCAGUGAAACCAAUGAUAAGCCCCCGCCGAAAGAAGAGAGAAAAAUUAACAAAUUACAACUUCCAAAGCUGGCAUUUAGCAAUAUAAAAAUGACAUCAAGACCCUCAGGAAAUGAGACAAACUUGGACUCGACACUCGACAAAAUCCGCAACAACAACCCGUCUAUCACAGAGGUAAACCUCAACAACAUCGAAAACAUUCCCAAAGAGAUGCUCUUGGAUUAUGUCAACGCUUUGAAGAAGAACAAACAUGUAAAAACCUUCAGCAUUGCCAACACUGGUGUUGAUGAAAACAUAGCUUUCAACCUGGCCAACAUGCUACGGGAGAAUCGCGGCAUCACCACUUUGAACAUCGAGUCCAACUUUGUAACGGGGAAGGGCAUCGUCGCCAUCAUCCGCUGCCUCCAAUUCAACGAGACUCUCACAGAGCUGCGUUUUCACAACCAGAGGCACAUGUUGGGUCACCACGCAGAGAUGGAGAUCUCACGCCUGCUCAAGGCCAACCACACCCUUCUGAAGAUGGGCUACCACUUUGAGCAGCCGGGGCCCAGGAUGGUGGUGACCAACCUUCUAACCAGGAAUCUGGACCGCCAGAGGCAGCUGAGGAAGGAGGAGCAAAAGCAGCAGCAAGUGAAGGAGCAGAGGGAGCUGAUGCAGAUGUAUGAGAACAGCCUGAACCUACCGCCUGGUUUACUUGAGAUGCUCGGCUACAUACCGCCUCUAGAAGUCCUGCAAGAACAUGGGCUUGUCCCACCCUCAUUUGAACUGAGGACUGUACCUCAAACCCACCUCCAGACGGGACAGCCGGAGCCUCAGAAGCAGCUCAAACACAAAAGCACUCCCAAACAACCCAGUGGCGAACCAGCAAACCCACUGAGAGACGUCCAGUUGAAGAAGACUCCCAAAAAACGUGACCCUUUUCUGGACCUGGACCCGAGGGAUAACAGGAGACCAGAGAAUGCAAGUUUUAAACUGAGGAAGACUCCCAAAGUGAAGGAUGCAGGCAGUGAAGAGAUGGCAGAUGAAAGAGAAAACCUGACUGACAUAAUAAAGACUUUGAAGCCCAUCCCUCGCAGACGACUGCCACCUAAGGUUGAUGUCACACCCCGAGACCAGCUUCUAGAUGCAAUCAAAAAGAGCAACGUGGCCUAUCUCAAAGCUGUGCCGCUCCCUACAGUUCUGGAAUCAAGUGAAACGAGUCUCCUCUGAGGCAGCAACUACAGCCAUUUGUUUUCUUCACCAUAUAGUUUUCAUUAUUUUUCAUGUAUUCUCAAAUGCACUGAUGCAAAAUAAGACACAUAGAACAUACUGGCUGGGUGUUUCAGUCUUGUGCUGUAUCACACUAAAUGCUGUCUUUAGGAAGUCGUAACAAUAAAGGUAUACAAAUUAACAACACCCUAUUUAUUUACACUGUACCCUAUUUAAAUCAAAAUAGAUAACCUUAUC